GAUUCAUCAAUCAAAUCGACUGGAAUCAACCAGCCGCCGCAGCUCCGGCCACCGCCAUUCAUUCUUCUUCAGGUUUCUUCUUCGUCGACUUUUCCUUUACACCACUAGAUCUGAGUGACGUAGAUUAGGUUUGAUUUCGUUUUUGUUUUGUCAGAUCCAGUAUAUUAUCUUAGAAAAUCGCCGGAAACUACUAUAGUAUAGUCGCGCCUCCAACGUCGCCGAAUCUCGACCGUUCGAUUCACAUCACACCAUCGUUCUCCUCCGCUUGCGCCACCGGAGUUGUUUAGGCCUUUGUUGAAUAUCUCACUUGAAUUCUCUGCUGAAGAGUUUGAGACUACUCUUCUCAAUCCCAAUGACACUUUGUUUUACAUUCACAUGCCUUUGCUAAAGCUUUUGUUUGUUUUAUCAAAUGGAUAAGAGUUGGAUAUCAAAUAACUCUGUAACUCAAGAGGAGUACAUUAGAGAUAUAAAUAUGGAGGAUGUGGAUCGAGAAACAUUCAUAAACGAACAUAAUGUUCAACAAUAUGAAGUGGGUGAUAAUUCAGAUAAGUUCUUUAAGUUGUUGAAGGAGGCAGAACAAAAUCUUUAUCCGGGUUGUAAGUUUACCAAACUAUCAUUCAUCGUACACCUGUACCACUUAAAGUGUCUAAAUGGAUGGACAGACAAAAGCUUUUCAAUGCUUCUAGAGUUGUUAUGUGAUGCAUUUCCAAAAGAAAAUACAUUGCCAAAGUCAUUUUAUGAGACAAAGAAGAUUAUUUCAGGGUUGGGAUUAUCAUAUGAAAAAAUCCAUGUUUGUCCUAAUGAAUGUAUAUUGUAUUGGAAGGAUUUGGCUCAUGCUAAUGUUUGCCCUACAUGCGGUAUCUCAAGAUGGAAAGUCAACUCCGACGAUGUUGAAGGUAGAAAAAAGAUACCUGCUAAGGUUCUUCGUUGGUUUCCUCUUAAGUCUAGAUUACAAAGACUUUUUAUGUCAUCAAAAACUGCUUCUUCCAUGACAUGGCAUGACGAUAGUCGAACUAGAGAUGGACUCAUGAGACAUCCAGCAGAUUCUUUUGCUUGGAAGGAUUUUGAUCAUCGAUAUCCCGAUUUUUCAAGCGACCCUCGAAACGUUCGACUAGGUUUAGCUUCAGAUGGCUUUAAUCCAUUCAAAACCAUGACAAUUUCUCACUCCACUUGGCCUGUUGUCUUGAUUCCAUACAAUCUUCCUCCGUGGAUGUGUAUGAAGCAACCGAAUUUCAUACUCUCGUUGCUUAUUCCUGGUCCAAAAGGUCCUGGUAAUAAUAUUGAUGUAUAUAUGCAGCCUCUUGUGGAAGAAUUAAAGGAAUUAUGGGAAAUCGGGGUCAAAACGUUUGAUGCAUGUAAAAAAGAGUCAUUUCAAAUGCGUGCUGCAAUCAUGUGGACUAUCAAUGAUUUCCCUGCUUAUGCAAAUUUGUCAGGUUGGAGCACUAAAGGUCGAUAUGCUUGUCCAUGUUGUGGUUUUGACACAGCCUCUAAGUGGUUGCGUUAUAGUAAAAAGUUUUCUUAUAUGUGUCAUCGACGCUGGUUAGAGCCUGAUCAUAAGUGGAGAAACAAUAGAGGACAUUUUGAUGGAGACCAAGAGUUUAGAGCUCCUCCUAAGGUACCCAAUGGAAGUACUGCAUUGAGACAAUUGAAAAAUCGUGAAAACAAGGUGUUGUCCCCAUGGAAAAAGAAAAGCAUUUUUUUCUCAUUGCCAUAUUGGGAAUAUAAUGUUCUUCGUCAUAAUCUUGAUGUGAUGCAUAUUGAAAAAAAUGUUUGUGAUAACAUUGUUGGGACAUUAUUAAAUUUAGAAAGAAAAUCAAAGGAUAAUGAUAAGGCCCGUUAUGAUCUUAUACACAUGAACAUAAGAAGUCAACUACACCCGAGGAUGCAUCAAAGUAAUGGUAGAAAGUAUUUGCCUAGAGCUUGUUACCAAAUGACAUCAAAUGAGAAAGAAUCUUUCUUGGAAGUUCUAAAGAAUAUGAAAUCUUCUGAUGAGUGUGUUUCUAGUAUUCCAAGAUGCGUGCAAGUGAAACAACGCAAGAUAUUUGGUCUCAAAAGUUAUGAUUGUCAUCUCUUAAUGCAAGAGUUUCUUCCUAUUGCUAUGAAAGGUUGUUUGCCCAACAAAGUGAGUAAAGUGAUUAGCGAUCUUUGUCGUUUCUUCAAAGAACUAUGUAGUAAAGUGCUUAGUGAGCAUAAUUUGGAGCACUUGGAAAAACGAAUAGCAAAAACGUUGUGCCAAUUAGAAAAGAUUUUCCCUCCAUCUUUCUUCACUAUAAUGGUGCAUUUGGUAAUCCAUUUGGCAUAG